GAUCAAAACAGAUUUGAUCCAUUUCCAAUGCUUAUGAAAAAGCAUAUACUCUUAAAAAUGUUCACUCGAGAUUAACGUAAAACAAGGCAUAAAACCAAAGCAAAAUGAAAGGAUCCUUCAAAACAACAGCUUUGAACGUGAACAUUUAGUUUGAGUGCGUGCAUCUUCCUUGAUAUCCACCAGAAUAAACCCAAAACUCUCCGCACUUUGGUUUCCAUUUUUAACUUCGGUUUGACCGAUUUCGAGUUUUUCCCUCUUUUUGUCUCUUCCUCUAUCUUUUUCACGUUUAUAAGCAUGCCCUCUUCUUCUUCUUCCUUCUGCUCCUUAUUGGUCCCUGCUUUUCCCUGUUGAAAACCCAACCAAGUCCUUCUUCAGUUCACUGUUGAUGCUUCGUGGGGAUGUAAUUUUUUGUCUAUUAUUAUGUUUUUUACCCCUGGACUACGACAUUUUUUGGAAUUGGGAAUCUUUGAUUAGUGCUUAAACCUGAAGUUUUAUUGGAUGAGGGGAGGCGAGAUGGUGGCUGAGUCGUGGUUUGGUGGUUCACGGUUGAAUUCAAGGAACAAUAGUAAUUUGGAUAUAACUGGCAAGAUGCUUGGAAUCUUAGUAUUCGAAGUUGCUAGUUUGAUGUCUAAGGUGGUGAAUUUAUGGCAUUCUUUGGAUGAUACGGAGAUCUUCAAGUUGAGGAAAGAAAUGGCUAACUCACUUGGUCUUCGAAGGCUUGUGUCCAACGAUGAAAAUUACCUUAUGGAUCUUGCUUUGAACGAGAUAAUUGAGAAUUUUGGCAUUCUGGCAACAUCUGUGGCCAGGCUUGGGAAGAAAUGCAAUAACCCCGUAUAUCACCGUUUCGAAUAUUUCAUAAGAGAUCCGAUUUUGAACAGUUUUGAGUGGCUCGGGUGGGAAUAUCGCUUGAAGAAGAUGGAGAGGAAAGUACAGAAGAUGGAGAGAUUCGUUUUGGUUACGAUGCGGUUGACUCGAGAGUUGGAAGUGCUGGCAGAACAUGAGCGGACUCUUAGAAGGAUUCGGAGAAACUCGGAGGGGGAUGGGAUGAAAGCAGUCGAGUGGCAAAAGAAGGUAAUUUUGCAGCGCCAGGAAGUGAAAAAUCUACGUGACAUGUCUCCGUGGGUUCGGACAUAUGAUUAUGUUGUCCGGAUUUUGUUGAGAUCACUUUUGACAAUACUUGAGAAGAUAAAAUAUGUGUUUAGAACCCACCAAAUGGUAUCUGUUAGUAGUGCCUCUGUUCCCCGCUGCAAUUCGUUUUCCACUCUAAUGUCUUCCGUACAUCCUUCUGAUAAUAAUCUAUGCGGUUUCAACUCUGAACCUCCUGGCCAGUCAUUUUCAAAGUCAGCGCAGAUCAGUGGCCAGCAUCUACACUCUCAUCAUCACUCAACUGCCUUACACGGCAAGCACCCACGUCUGAAAACCAAACAGUUCGGUCAUGUUGGAAUUGGUCCUUUCAAAAGAUGCGUGUCUGUUGGAAGUAAUUCUCAGAUUUUAAACAGCCGCAAGCCGAUUGGCACUGGAUCUUUCAGGUUCAUUGGUGCUUACAAUGUAAACAUGGACAAGCUAAACUAUUCAAAGAUAGGGUCGUUAUCUUGCAGUGAUAAAAUUUAUUCUAAAUUAUGCGUCUUCAAUACCAAGCACUUGUUGGAUGCUCCUACAUCGACACUUGGUGAUGCUGCAUUAUCUCUCCACUAUGCGAACAUCAUUAUCUUGAUAGAGAAACUAGUUUCAGCACCUCACAUGAUCUGCCUCGAUGCAAGAGAUGAGCUCUACAAUAUGUUACCUGCAUGUAUAAGAAAUGCUCUGCGCCUUAAACUGAAGUCCAAUGCAAAGACUUUGGCUUCAUCAAUCCGUAGUGCUUCCCCUGCAGCAGAACUGAGAAUGGCAUUAGUGCGGAUAUUGGAAUGGUUGGCUCCUCUUGCUCACAACAUGAUUAGGUGGCAGUCAGACCGCAAUUUCGAGGAACAGCGUAAGGUUUCCCAAUCUGAUAUACUUUUGGUACAGACGCUACACUUUGCAAAUCGUGCGAAAACAGAAGCAGCUAUUAUUGAGCUUCUUCUGGGCCUUAAUUAUGUCUGUAGGAUCGGGAGAACACGGAAUAAACUAGCUUUAUGA